CGAUUGCUGGGUGGCAGCUGGUGGUGGCGCAGAAAGGAACUGGUUGGGUGACACUUGCCGCGGGCGGCAGCAACUGGCUUUGUCUCUCCGGCCUCUUCGGGAAAGGCUUUCCCUGCCCCAGGUGGAACUUGAACUUCUCAGGAGGAACCCCCGACGCGGAUAAGCCAUGGCUUCCAUGGGGCUGCAGGUGCUGGGCAUCUCGCUGGCUGUGCUGGGCUGGCUGGGCACCAUCCUCGGCUGCGCGCUGCCCAUGUGGCGCGUGUCAGCCUUCAUCGGCAGCAACAUUGUCACAGCGCAGACCAGCUGGGAGGGCCUGUGGAUGAACUGCGUGGUGCAGAGCACGGGGCAGAUGCAGUGCAAGGUGCACGACUCGCUGCUGGCGCUGCCUCAGGACCUGCAGGCGGCCCGCGCACUCAUGGUCGUGGGCAUCAUUGUGGCGGCGCUGGGGAUGCUGCUGUCCGUGGUUGGGGGCAAGUGCACCAACUGCUUGGAGGAUGAGACCACCAAGGCUAAGACCAUGAUCGUGGCAGGCGUGGUGUUCCUGCUGGCUGGCCUGCUGGUGCUGGUGCCUGUGUCCUGGACGGCCAACAACAUCAUCCGGGACUUCUACAGUCCGCUGGUGGCGUCUGGGCAGAAGCGGGAGAUGGGUGCCUCGCUCUACAUUGGCUGGGCGGCCUCGGGGCUGCUGCUGCUCGGUGGGGCCCUCCUGUGCUGCAACUGCCCUCCCCGCAGCGACAAGCCCUACUCAGCGAAGUACUCGGCGGCCCGCUCUGCCGCGACCAGCAACUACGUGUAGGAACUGCCAAGCCACACUGUCCCGUUUGGCUUUCUUUUUCCUGGCCUGAACUCCAUCCAUCCGGCUGGGGACCCCAGGAUGGCUCUGCCACAGACUUCUGACUGCUGGCACUUGGGCUAGCAGGGAUGGAGCAGUCCUUGACCCUUUCUGGCCCCUGGACACCUCACCGAGGCCUCUCUUCUCCAUAGCCAGAAUGAACAGUCAGAGACUCCUAAGCCACCUGCUCCGCAUGGCCCACGGAAUCGACAAAGUGGCGGUGGCGUGGGGAGCUGGCUCCUGCUGGCCAGGACGGCUCAGCCCCGACCUCAGGCUUUCCUCCCUGAGUCCCUUGCCGGUGCCCGUGCUGUCCACAGUGGCUCCCUGCCCUCAUCCCUGUUGCUCCGGUUUUCUUUCUCGCCUUUUCUUGCCGCUUUCCCCGUGUCCUUGGGUGCCCCAGGCCUUGGUAUGACGGAUAGGGGAUGGCAGGUGACUGGGUGGAUCUGUGACUUCGACAUGGAAAUCUGCCCCUGUGGAAACCUGUACCACCCAUGAGAGCACCAGGCCACCCACCUGCCCUCGGAAUGGCGCUCGGACUGGCUGGACGGGUUUGUGGGAGGGGUGCAGGCGGAAGAAACAGGUUUGGUUAGUGUCUGGGGAGGGGGCCUGACAUCGACCCACCUGGGGGAGGGUCCCUGGACUUCCUCCACUGGCCAUCUGGUUUCUGUUUUUGUAAUUUAAGAUGUUCUAUUCAUCACUGUAAUUAUUAUUAUUUUCUACAAUAAACAAAGUGUGCACACAA